CGUUUCGCUAGCGUCGCAAUCGCCAUAUCAAAUUUUACAAAAUGAAUUCAGAUUCCCUUUGAAGUCUAGACUAAAUUGUUGUAUACCUUUUAUUCAGAUUUAUUUCUGAUAUUUAUUUUGUUCGAUAUGACAGCUUGAAUUCUACUAUUUUUCAGCAACUUCAAAAUAACAAGUUUAUUUUCAUCUAAUUGGGGAAAAUGUCGAAGCGCCCAGCCGAUGGUGAGAGUUCUAAUGGAAGCCCUCCACAGAAGAAGGUUCAAUUCGAGCCGGUACGAAUUGGACCAAUAUCAACUCUGGAGGAGAUGGAUAUCAAAGUUUUACAGUUUCAAAAUAAGAAAUUAGCCCAGAGAAUUGAACAAAGGAAUCGAGUCGAAGCUGAGUUAAGGCAAAGAAUCGAACAGCUCGAAAAAAGACAAACUCAGGAUGAUGCCGUUCUAAACGUAGUGAAUAGAUAUUGGAAUCAGCUGAACGAAGAUAUUAGGGUCCUUCUUCAGAGAUUCGACGCGGAAACCGCUGAUGAGUCUGAAAAUAGAAAUGAGUGCGAGGCGACAACGAGCUUCCUGAUGCAGCUGUCUACGUGGGACAAGGAGGAGUUGGACGACAAGCUGGCCAAUCGGGUGCAAGUGUCGAAGCGGGCCGUCGCCAAGGUCAUUCAGGCCUUUGAUCGGCUCAUGCAGCGCAACGAGAAGAUAACGCUGGCCUUGAAAGGGGAACUGGAUGGCGAUGAAGCUCCAAAGAUGGAUGAGACAAUUCGUCAAGCAAACAUCGAGAUUCAAGCUGAAAACCGUAACCUCCAGGCUCUGAACACUCAACUUCACAAGAAAUAUCAUUCAAUAUCUCUCAAGAUGGCGGAACUGCAGGACGACGUGACGGGGAAGGAAACAGAGGCGGCUGAGCUACGCAACCAGAUCGACGACAUGCAGUACGAGCUGCUGAAGGUGCAGUCGCGCAACGACAAGCUGGAGCAUCACCUUGCCGACGCCAUCGAGAAGGUCAAGGGCUUCCAGCAGAUGCACGGCGACGACACUGUCAAGACCACCCAGCCCACCACUGUCUCGCAGAAGAAGGUGGAAGAACUGCAGAAAGAACUGGAGGAAGUGCGAGAAUUGGCAAACAAUAGGCUCACUGAAUUGGAUAAACUGCAUCAGCAACAUAGGGACUCAUUGAAAGAAGUGGAAAAAUUGAAAAUGGAUAUCAGACAACUGCCGGAAAGUGUGAUAGUGGAGACGACUGAGUACAAGUGCCUGCAGUCGCAGUUCUCAGUGCUCUACAACGAGUCGAUGCAGCUGAAGACACAGCUGGACGAGGCCCGUCUCCAGUUGCAGACCUCCAAGAAUGCCCAUCUGCGCCAGAUUGAGAUGAUGGAGAGCGACGAGCUGAUGGCGCAGAAGAAACUGCGCAACGAGGUGAUUCAGCUGGAAGACCUGUUGGCGCAGUUGCGCAAAGAGUACGAGAUGUUGCGCAUUGAGUUCGAGCAGAACCUGGCGGCCAACGAGCAGACGGGGCCCAUCAACCGCGAGAUGCGUCACCUCAUCACCUCGCUGCAGAACCACAACCAGCAGCUUAAGGGCGAGGUGCAUCGCUACAAGCGCAAGUACAAGGACGCCAAUGCCGAAAUACCCAAGUUGAAGAAAGAGAUAGAAGACUUGACGGGCAGACUGGGACAGCUGCCUGCGCAGGAAAAACAGGAAAAUUCAUCAUCGGAGUCGAGCAAAGAGGAGGAAAUGGAAAAGUCGAGCAGCAUUAUUGGCAUGGACAAAAUCAAAGACGAACCUGGUGGCAUGAGCAUCAAGCGGGAGCCUACCGAGGAAGAAGCUGAAAACGAAGCCGUGGCGGGCGGUGAGUCGGACAAGGACAACCAGCUGACGUCACCGACCAUCAAGAAGGAGAAGAGUGGUGGAGGUGCGGGCGGUGGCGAAGGUGGGGUGGCAGGUGCAGGGGGUGCGCAGGGCGGGGCUGCGGGUGCGAACGUGAAGCGGGAAAGCGUCAAGAAGGAGCCGCACCGCGACCAGCAUCGCGGCAAAGACGCUAAGGCGCCCGAGUCUGAGAUUGUGCGCGAUCUCAAGGCUCAGCUCAAAAAAGCGCUGAACGACCAGAAAGAGUUGAAACUUCUUCUGGACAUGUACAAAGGUGUCAGCAAAGAGCAACGCGAUAAAGUUCAACUCAUGGCUUCGGAAAAGAAGAUCAGAGCCGAGUUGGAAGAUAUGAGGCAACAGCUCAAAAAAAUGCAGGAGAGCAAACGAGAAGAACGGAAGAAGUUGGCGGAUGAAGAUGCUUUGCGAAAAAUCAAGCACUUGGAAGAACAGGCCUACCAACUUCAGAAGCAAGUUGCCACCCAUAAACAGGGAGUGUGCUGGCAGGAAGAGGAAGCGCUUCUGAACGAGAUGGAGGUGACGGGGCAGGCGUUCGAGGACAUGCAGGAGCAGAACUCGCGCCUCAUCCAGCAGCUGCGAGAAAAGGACGACGCCAACUUCAAGCUGAUGACCGAACGCAUCAAGUCCAACCAGCUGCACAAGCUGGCUCGCGAGGAGAAAGAUGUCCUCAAGGAACAGGUCAACACGCUUACUACGCAGGUGGAGGCGACGAAUGUGGUAGUGAGAAAGCUGGAGGAGAAGGAGCGCAUUCUGCAGAACUCACUGGCCACCGUUGAGAAGGAGUUGGCGCUCAGGCAGCAGGCCAUGGAGAUGCACAAACGCAAAGCCAUCGAGUCUGCGCAGUCAGCCGCUGAUCUGAAGCUGCAUCUCGAAAAGUAUCACGCGCAAAUGAAGGAGGCGCAGCAAGUGGUGGCUGAGAAGACGAGUGCACUGGAAGCUGAAGCCUACAAAACAAAGAGACUACAGGAAGAAAUAGUGCAACUGCGAAAGAAAACGGAGCGCAUGAAGAAGAUUGAGCUGGCGGGCACACUGGACGAGGUGAUGCUGGAGGAGAUCAAGGAGUACAAGGACACGCUGACCUGUCCCUCGUGCAAGGUGAAGCGCAAGGACGCUGUACUCAGCAAGUGCUUCCACGUGUUCUGCUGGGACUGUCUGCGCACGCGCUACGAGACGCGGCAACGCAAGUGUCCCAAGUGCAAUGCGGCUUUCGGUGCCAACGAUUAUCAUCGGCUCUAUUUGGGCUCGUAAACCCUACCAUCCUACAUACGUAGUGCACUAUCUAUUGCUCAUAGAUGAUUCAGUCACGACUAACAUCUGGGCUGUCAUUUCGCUGCUGCCUUUCCCACGUGACUGAACCAUCUAUAACUGAAUUGUUGUCAUUUACUGAAGGUUUUUGAUAUUUUUAACAUAAAGUCGUGUCCAUACUGAACAAAUGUUCGACAUACAUGUUUGUUGGGGAGCUCUGGGACAAACAUUCUAAAAAGUUUGGACAAUCGUUUGUCAAACAAAAAAUUACUGUUUUACCAAACAUUUUCAGUGUUGACAGCUGUAAAACAUAAAACCUGUUCUCCCCACUUACAAAUAUUUUGUUUGGUGACGCGUUCACACUGGCCCAAGGGCAAAAAUUGUUUGUCAAAUAUAAUAAAAUUUUCCCAAACUGUUUCAACAAACAUGUUUUCGAAAAUUUGUUCAGUGUGGACACGGCUUCAGAAACGCAAGUUAUUCUCAACUUGAAACGCAAGUGCAAUGCUGUGUGUGAAAACAACCAAUUUUAUUGCCUCGAUUUGAACUUGUAAACUAGCCUAUUGAAUCUGUGAGAUCAGAGAAAACACAAGUUGAUUUCAAUUUUUUAUGGAACCAUUAAUUUCUUUACGUUCUACCAUAGUGAACUAGAGAUGAAAUUUCUUUUUCCUUUAUUCAUAUUAGAGAAAUAUUUCAACAUGAACCAAAAUACACAACUAAAUUCUAUUGAGUUUUGUUUUAAACUAUUCCGAAUACACCCAGUGAGUGAAAAGUAUCUUAUUUAAUGAAUUAUUAGAUAAUUCAUAUACAUUUUUGAAUUCAAAUCCUGGCUCCAACGAAUACCCAUUUUUCAUUGCUUUGGAUCUGAUCUCACUUGUUCAUUAAAUUAUGAACUGUUGCUGUAGACUGAUUUGUAUCAAACUGUUUUUCUGUAGGGUAGUUGUAGAGGUGAUUUUAUAUUAUUGAAUGACAAAUGAAUUGAAAUAGUCUUAACCACUCAUUGAAGUAAUCAGAAACUAGUUUCGACUGAUAUUUCAUUAUUAGUCUAGUAAACAUUUCUAUAAAGCAACUGGGUUGUUAAUCAUUAUUAAUCGCUAGUAAACUAGUAAUAGAUUCAUAUUAGUGAUUAAUGUUGUAACAACAAAACCUAAAUGAGAUCUAGGGAAAACCUAGCUCCUAUUGUUGAACAUUUAUCAAUCUAUAGUAAAUAAGAGAUAUCGAUUGUAAAUAAUAGUUAUUAAACUAACAGUAAACUACAGAUGCUAACUGUAGAUUGAUGUAGUGAGAAUGGUUGAGUUCAAAGACACUGAU